AUGGCACCCAGAGCUGUGCCCAACAGCUAUUCCAGCCUACCCGGCAGCUGCCUGGCGGGCCGGACGCCUGAUGAAAGUCUAUUCUGUAAGAAGAUGCUCUCGUCGUCACAUAACGCUAACAACUACAACCGCCUCCUGUGGUUUGCCAUCGUCAUCGACGAACGUAUCUGCCUGUGCUUGACCAGAGAGUUUGGCCAUGUUGCAAAUUCAAGAACUCUGGUGCCUGGCACUCUAGAGUACUUCAAUUCUACUAUCCGUCCAGUCUCGAGCUCUGAUCUCCCAUUGCUCUCCGAACUCGUUCACACCUGCAAACUUGCCCUUCCCGUUAAUCGACUCUUGUUCAAAGACUGGCCGAACAAUGCUGCUCAGAGGCCACUCUAUGCAGCCGCUGUCGAGUCGGCAUUCAAAGGUGAAUCGGUCGAUAGUCUGAAAGCGGUUGACCAGGAAUCUGGAGAUAUCCUGGGACAUCUCGCCUUGACCAGGAAACGACCCCUUACACAGACCAAGACCCAACCACCUUCUGGCAAAGGAAUUCGGAGUGAGAAGCAGGAGGAUAUUCCUGACUUUUUCAACCCCGAGCUUCUCUCGGCAGUUUCGAACGCAGUGUCUGAGAUUGCCAAAGGAACAGAGGAAUUCGAUCAUUUCGAGCUCUCGUAUAUCUGUGUCAAGCCUUCUGCUCGUCGACAAGGGACAGGAUCGUCACUGGUCCAUUUCUGCCUCGAAAAGGCUGUUGAUGGGAACCGGCAAACAUGGGACUGGUACAAGUGGAAGAGUUCAUUCAUCGAAGUUCGACUUUUGGUCUGCAGUCUGGACAAUAGUCUUGUGUACAUCCCCACGCCGUCCGUGUCUGAGGCGCUGAUCCCCUUACUGAUCAUGAUGAUCUGA